CUCUCCCGUACGAACUAAAUAAGACCUAAUGCCUCUAUUCCUGCUAGAGUUGCAUGACCGAAGAACAAAAAUACCAAGGUGCCCUGUACAAACCUAAGAAGCAAAAAUUCAACGGCGUCGCAUCUAACGGCGGAACCGAAACCAUGGCUCAUAACGCAUACGUCGAGGACGCAACGGAAGAAUAUCAAGAUUACCGGCAAUAUCUAGUUCACGAGGACCAAAACGGACAAAUGCUUCCACCAGAAGCGCCUACUCCACCCCCUGCGGCCGCGGACGACCCUAACGUGAAUGUCUUCGAUUUUCUGGAUACACCAACUGUUUCCAAUGUCAACCUCCAAUACUACAAUAACCCUGCACCGCCCACUGGAGGUCGACAGCUUGUCCGCUUCGAGAAACCCACGGAAGAUUAUGUAGACUCGACAGGAUAUAUGGCAGACAAAGGGGAGAUGGUCCAUUACGGAACUGGGCCUGUCACCACCAACGCGCUCGAGACACCAGUACCUAAGUUACACCGAAAGAAGUCGAAAGAUACCGACGAAAAGAAGACCAAAAAACGCAAGCAACUACAUAUAGAGACUCCUGGACCCUUAGCACUAGGAGCGGCGCAUGGUGACGAAGUAAUGACUGAUGCCCCGCCCGUAUUGCAUACAGGUUUGACUGGAGGUCUGAACCGUAUGAUGCGCCCGUCCCAAUUUCCCCCAUCGCCUGAUUACUCCGGAGGUGAUGGCGCCGAGAAGUCGCCAACGAUCAGGAAGUCGAAGCACAAGUCUCACAAACCUAAAUCCAGCCGGGAUUCGUUUAGCGAUGGACUUAAGGCUUUCAUGUCGGGUACUUCAAAGACUAAGAAGCGAAAGCAUUCGUCCGACAAGGAAAAGAAGGAGAAGAAGUCGAGACAUCACCGAUCGAGUUCCGAAAAAGCUCCUAAGCUAAUCGAAUACAAGACAAAGUCGGGUGAUGAGAAGGACGGAGAAUCGGGCCAGAUGAUCCUUUACCGACCGAGAUCCGACCUAUUCCUAAGCCUAUGCAACAAGGGCCCAGAUAGCGAAAAGGGCUGCAGCAUGAACAAGGCUCUCAAGAGAUUCCACCGCGAACGAUCGGAAUCAGGUACCAGCUUGGGCAAGUCCACGGAGGAGAAGGAGCUCUGGCGAUCGUUACGGAUGCGUCGUAACGACCGCGGAGAAAUUGUAUUGUUCUCAGUCGAAGUCUGAGCGUUCAUUGUCCAAACGAAACCAAAGAAAAGAAGAAGAAAAGAAGUAAAAUGGCGUUCUGACUUGGUGGUUUGCUUUUUUGUUUAUCGGGAAUUAAUGUGAUACCUAACGUGCGGAACGGGGGGGCGGGGGCAUCAGGGGAGGGGGGAAAAGAAGGAAACGGACAAUCUUGGGGGGUGUGCUACCGGUUUACUUUUGUACGGAACUUUUGUACGGAAAACCUGGCUGCUUCUGAAGCUGGUCUUGAAGCCUCAAAUUAUAGACGAGGUUCGUGUAAGGUCGUGUAAGGAAAAAUACCUAAGGUCGGGCGGGU